AUGCCUGCCACAGAUCCGCCGGCGGACUUUUCCUUCGUCCCGUUGUAUAAUGGUCCAGAAGUUUCCAAGCCUAACAGACAAUUCAUCAACGCUCAUCUCAGUCGCCUUGCGGCUAAGAAGCGUUCACAUGGCGCUGGCAACAGGCUGCAGAAGAAGGUUGUGCUGCCGGUCAGGCAACCCGACAGGCCGAAGGUACUUAUCGAGAGAAUCGCCCGAGUCUCGGGAGUGGGCAGCACUUGCGCUCAUGGCAAGGCAGGAGCGCCUGAUUGCGACUUCUGCCGUGGUGUCAAUGGAACAGUCGCCUCACGAUCACAACUCCUAGUCGCAUCUUCCGGAAGGACUGAGUCUGUCAACAUCACUACACUUUUGGACACCAGCAACGAUCCGUUCAGCUCAACGCUCGUUCCGAUCGAUCGGACAGUCCGCAAGCUCUUAGGCUUCGAGCAGGAAGCAUUCUUUCCCUGGAGUGCGGGUAUCGAAAAAGGCGCCAACAAGGGCGGAGCUUUCCGGAACAAAUUCGUCCAAACGAUUCCCGAGGCUUUCAACGAUCUCUGCACAGGCUACGCCAAUCUGGCCCGCCUUGCGGCUAUGACUGCCACCAUUACAUCUGAUCCGCUCAUGGCAGCUACUGCCCUCAAGUACAAAGUAUUAGCGUACGAGAACAUGCGAAAGAGCGUCGCCGCACAUACUGACAACUACGAAACCCACGAGCUGGCCAUGGUCCAGACCUUCUCGCUGAUGAGUAUGGAAGUUGCCGAAGGCAACUCGGAAAGCAGCGCCAUCCACAGCCGCGCCCUCCUGCGCAUGAUGACCAACUCCUCCGCCUCCGCUGCCCCUCUCACUGACAAAACCACCCAUAUCAAACCUAGUCAGCUCCUCAACGCGGUCCUCUGGCACGAAUGCGUCCGUGGCGGCACCACAGGCCGCCAACACGUCUUCAACCCCAAGAAACUGGUCCAUCACAAGUCCCUCGGCGCAACCCUUUCCUCCGCCAAACGCACACUCUCCUCGCUGGGCCACUGGCCCCGCCGCCCCGAGAUCACCGACGGCUUCAGCCACUCCGACCUCCCACCCCAUCUCAUCCUCCGCCUCCGUGAAGUCCGAUUCUUGGCGGAAAUCAACACCGCCCUCACCCACGCCCCCGAACUCAUCGACCUGCACCUCAUGAACGCCUUUGCCUUCCGCGCCAGUCUCAUGUGCAGUCAGCUGAUCGGCGCUAGCCACGCGGCCGAGCAAGUCAUCAACGAAUCCUCCCAUCAACGCUCACAAUACGGACACGAAUUCCAGGAGGAUGAGAUCGACUAUCGUCGAGUUUACCAAGCCCAUCAAUCACGCGCCACCGCCCUCGCAGCACAAUUCGCGCUUCGCGUCGUCACGUCCCACGAAGCCGUCGACAUUCCCGCGAGCACGCCAGCACAGCUGUUCAAGAUCUACGGAACGCACAAGAGGGUGCUGCAGGAGAUCAGGGUGGCAUUCGAGCAGUGCCGCCACCGCAGCUCAGCAGAUCCAGAUGGUGAUGACCAAGUCAGUCGGCAGCCGGAGCUAUGGCUGUGGAUUCUGUGGAUUGGCUCGCUGGCGGAACGGGCGGAUUUGUAUCCUUGCUACGUACCUAGCAAGAUCGUGGGGGCGUCCUUCAAUCGUGCGUUUGUGGCGCAUGCACUGGGGCUGUACCUGCACGAAUGGGAGACAGUCAGGGCGACGCUGACGAGGUUCAUGUACUUUGAACGGAACACUUGGCAGAGUCAGUAUUGGUUUGAGCAGACGCUGUGGGAAAUGGCUGGGCUGAAGCAGGAGGAUGCUUGA